CAGAGAAGGAGGCGGUGAGGGCACAGUGAGGGCACAGUGAGGUGGGGGGGGGAGGCGCUGCGGGGCAGGGUGCCUGUCCCACUCCCCGGGGAGGAUGUGGUCGGACUGUGCUAGGACCUGCCCUCUGGGCGCCAGCCUGGACUCCAGGCCCACCCACUGCCAUGGGCCCGAGCAUGGCCAUCCGGACCUCCCAGCCCUGCCCCGGUGAAGUCUCCUGCCGUCCUUCUUUGGGGACCGCCCUGUCGGGGGGUCAGCUUCCGGAGCCUCCUCUCCCCUCCCCCCCCCUGCCCGCAGCAGCCUCGGCGGGCUCCCAGCGGCCACCGCUCCCGGGGCUGGGCGCCCGAGCUGUCACCUGCCUCACCAACAACAUCCUCAGGAUUGACUGCCACUGGCCGGCCCCGGAGCCGGGCCCGGGCCCCAGCCCCUGGCUCCUCUUCACCAGCAACCACGCGCCGGGCAGCCGGCACCGGUGUGUGUUCCGGGGCAGCGCCUGCACCGUGGUUCUGCCGCCUGAGGAGGUCAUCGCGCCCUCCGACAACUUCACCAUCACCCUGCACCGGCGUGUGGCCGGGGAGGAGCAGGUCAGCCUGGUGGACCCCCAGUACCUGCCCCGGAGACAUGUGAAGCUGGACCCUCCCUCCGACCUGCAGAGCAACGUCAGCUCGGACUCCUGUGUCCUGACCUGGGGCGUCAGCCCUGCCUUGGAGCCGCUGGCCUCGCUGCUUAGCUACGAGCUGGCCUUCAAGAGGCAGGAGGAGGCCUGGGAGCGGGCCCGGCACAGGGACCACAUUGUGGGGGUGACCGGGCUCACCCUGGAGGCCGUGGAGCUGGACCCCGGCUCCACCUACGAGGCCCGGCUGCGGGUGCAGAUGGCCAGCCUGGAGGACGCCCUGGCGGAGGAGGAGCGCUACGAGGGCCCCUGGAGCGAGUGGAGCCAGCCCGUGAGCUUCCCGUCUCCCCGCAGACAAGGCCGCCUGGUCUCACCGCUGAGGCAGCCAGACAGCACCCUGGUCGCCAUGUCCAUCUUCCUCCUGCUGACCAGCGUGGCCUACCUCCUGUUCAAGCUGUCGCCCAGGGUGAAGAGGACCCUUCACCAGGACGUGCCAUCCCCCGUGCCCUUCUUCCAGCCCCUCUACAGCGUGCACCACGGGAACUUCCAGGUGCGUGGCGGGGGCGGCGAGGUUGCCCAGGGGCCUGGCCGGCUCAGGAUCAGCCCCUGGAGGCAAAUCCCGGGCUGCCUGCCUGCCGCCUGGUCCUUCCUUCACCUCCCGGUGUCUGUGCUGGCGGCCGUGGGGAGGGUCUCCGUGUGUGAGCUGCCCUUGGGGCCCUCGCUGGCCCCGGGGCCACUCUCUGGUGGCCAUCCCCCCGCUCUGUUCCAGACCUGGACGGGGACCCACCGAGCGGGCACGCAGCCGAGCCCGGGCGGUGUCAGCGCCCACGGAGCCCCGGGGUCCGGCGCCCGGGAGGCCAUCGCGGUGCUCGUCUUCGAGCCGGCGGAGCCCUGGCCGCCCGCGGGCCUGGAGCAGGAGGGCCCGGGCCCCGGACUCCCGGCAGACGUGCUGCCCGCAGCCCCGGAGGAGUGUGCAGAGCAGCCGCCCGCCUACCUGCCGCAGGAGGAGUGGGGGCCCGUGAGCCCGGCCCGGCCGGCGCCCCCCGAGCCGGAGGGCGGCAGCAGCGGCUACUGCGCCCUCGGCUGCUACGGGUGGUGCCACCCCCCGCCUUUCCCAGGACACGCGCAGGGCGCUGGGCCCUGCGGGCUUCCCUGCGACCAGCAGAGCCUGGCCCCCGGGCCCGGAGGUCAGGGGCCGGACCUCGGGGACCAGGCUGAGUGAGGACCCCUCGGCGUGUCCUCGGCAGACAGUGGGCGCCGUCCUGAGAGGCCCCGAGCCCGAGCCGGCCAGCAGCGGCGUGUCCACUUGGGGGAACACGGACUGGAGUUUCUGGAGCGGACCCUGGCUGGCACUGGACCACCUGCGGAGGCAGGAGGCCCCUCCUCCCUCCUCUCAGCUUGGCCCCCGUGGGGCGGGGCUGUGCACCCAGCAUCCUGCCGCCCGGGCCUCCCUCUGCUUCUGGCUCCAUCCAGGCUCCUCCGAGAAGAGGGCUGUUCUGACCUCAUCCCUUAAAGGGCCAGCCUGGGCGCAGGGGACGCAGGUGAGAUGCUGUGAGCAGCCGGAGCAUCCUCUUUCUGUGCCUUCCGGAGACCUCUCUCCUACCGGGGUUAAGGGGUGUGUAGUAGCUGUCACAGCUGCUG